AUGUGGUCCAAGUUUGGAGAUCAAAAUGAUGAUGCAAAUGAAGAGGAGGAUAAGCAAAAUAACGAAGAUGCUGCUGGAUUUGAUGACUUUCAAGAUGGCUGGGCAUAGCCUUAAUGGGCUUAAAUGGAUACAAAUAAUGUGGACCAAAAUGAAAUGGAACAUAAACUGAGUGAAAAGGAUAAAGAAGAAGAUGAUGAUGGAGAUGAUUGGGCCUCUUAAGCUUUCUAAUAAGCUGAUACCUUUAGUAAAAAUCCUUUUUCAGAUGAUACUGGUCAAAAAGAGGCUUAAGUUGAAGGAUUUCUAAAUCCAUUCGGCGAUGAUUAGACUUAAGAAAAGCAAAAGAUUGAAACUAAAAUAGAAACCUAGGUAUAAUUUGGUUUUCCUAAUCAGGAAUAAUAGCAAGAUUAAGAAGACGAGGACGAUGAUGGUUUUUAAGUUUCAUGGGCAGAUUAAUUUGCAGCCAUCGCUUAUUAGUAACCAAAUGAAAAUCAAUAAAAUCAUUAAUCAGCUGGCAAAUAGGAAACUCUGAUUUAAAAUGAAUUAGAGGAAGAGAGCUGGGUGAAUUUCUAAAAUAAUUCUCCAGAAGUAGAAUCUAUUCAGAGUGCUUAGAAUAAGAGCACUGAUAAUCAGCAAGAUCUAGCUUAAAAAUCAUCUACAUCUCAAGUUUCUACACCUGAUGAGGAAAUAUAAUAGCAGCAUUUAAAUUCCAGCUAAGAGAACUUUGAUCACAUUAAGGAUAAUUACAUUAAGGAAUUUUCUUCAAAUGAGAAAAAUAGUUAAUAAAAUUCAGAGAAGAAGUAGAUUACAGUCAAAGAUUAAGAUGAUUUUGUGAGGAAAGAGGAAGUUAAAUCAGAAAAUAAUGAAUUUGGGGAUUUUGGUGAUGAAUCUAAAUAGAAUGAUGACAAUACGAAACAAUCUUUUGAAGAAUAAAACCAAUUAUAAGAAGAUUAAAGCUACUUAAAAGAAGAGUAAGUUUUUCCUGCUGUGAUAGAAUAGACAAAAUAAUCGAAUCCAUUUGGGGAGGAAGGUGAUUUAGAAGAUCAAUUAGAAGACGGAGGAUGGGCAAAUCAAUUUUCUCUGCAGCAGCCUAUUUAAUUGGAAGAAGAAUAAAGGGAUGCGUAAUAAGAGAAUAAGGUUACUAAUGACAUAAAUUAAUUGCUUAACACUAAUAUAAUCUAAAAAGAGGAUCAAAAAAAUCUUGAUGAUAUUGAGGAAAUAAAGUCUAUCGAAGAUAUAAAAAAUGAAAUUAAUGAUGUACUUUCAAGUGAUGAAGAAGGUCGCACUGAGUCAGUCCCCAAAAAUGACCAUCUUUAAUAGUAAUAAGAAGUUGAAGAUCCCUUUUCAGAUUAGAUUUGGGGCGAGGCUGUAAGUGAAUCUCUUGCUAAAGUAGAAGAUCAUUAAUCAAAAUAUGAAGAAUAAUCAAAAUCUGAAAAUAAGCAAGAAGAGAUAUAAGAAUUAAUAGACUCUGUAGGUGACAAAUCAUAGACUAUAGAAAGAGAUCAAGAAUCGUCCAUUAUUAACAAUGAAGUAGAAAAUAGGGCUUUUAGUGACAUAAUCUCUUACAAUUAGAUAGAAUAGAAUUAACUUGAAUAAGAGCUAUUAUAAAAAGAAUUUGAAAAACUGCAAACUUCUGAAGAAGCAAAUGGAAUGCAAGAGAUGGACAAAGGUCAUAAUCCAAAUAUCUAAGCAAAACAGAAUGAAUAAGAAUCUCUAACUCAAUAGCUUUCCUCAUAGUAAGAAGGAGUUAUCUAGCAUGAAAAUCUUUCCAAUUAAGAGAUUAGGAAUAAAGACUUACUAAUUUAAGACAAUAACCAAAAUUUAGCAUAAGAAUCUUAAAUCUAAUAGAAUCAAGAUUAAAAUUUAAAUUUUGAAGAGGAAGAAGAGUUUAGUUGGGCAUAAACUGAUUUUUAAAGUUAGCCUUAAGUAACUUAAUCUGAUCAAAAUAAAUAUCAAGAAAGUUUAAUUUCUGAAAAAGAGUCAGAGAUUUAAGAGAAUCACGAUUUUACAUCAAAUAAUUAUUAAGAAAAAGAAGAAGAAUUCGUAACUUAAGAAAUUAAGCCAUUACAUGAGGUAAGUCAACAGCAAGUUGUUGAAGUCAAACCAUAAGAAGACUUUAAAAAUAUAUGGGGUGAAACUGAGGAUGAAAAAGCACCUUCUGAUCAGGAGGAUGAUAAUAAUGGAGAUGGAUUUGGGUGGGGUUGGACGAAUCCAAGUUUUACUUAACAAGAGGAGACUUAAAUUAACUAAAACUAAGUGCUUAGUAAUGAAAAAUCUUUGACAAACAAUGAAUAAGUUAACGAAUAAUUAACUAUUGGAGAAAAUUAAUAAAUAGAAGAUAAUAAUGAAGAAGAUAACUUUGAGGAAUUCGAAGAUGCUAAAGUUGAAAACGUUCUUGUAACAGAAUAAACACCACAUGAAGGUCUGAAAUCAGACUCUAAAAUAUUCAGUUAAAAUGAUAGAAUUACUGAGGCACAUUAGGAAAUAUAGAAAGAUCUUCAACCUAAUUAAUAGUUGGGGUAAAAUAAUCAGAUUCUCUUCUAAACUUUUACUCAAAACAAUAUAGAAGAGAAAUUAUCAAACUAAGACGAAGAAGACGGCUUUGAUGAUUUCGAGGACGCUUAGGAUCCUUAUAAAAAUUAGUAGCACCAACAAAUAGAAUAAACUAGCGACAAAUAAAGUGAGAGUGAUGAAGAUCAGCCUGCUUGGGCUAAUUAUAACAAUCUAGAUGACAAUAAUAAAAACAAUGAGAAUGAAAACGAGGAUGAUAAUGAUGGGUUUGAUGACUUUGAAGAUGCACCAACAGAAAAUUAAUAAACCAUCAAUGAAGAACCAAAGUUAUAAGUUGAAGAGGAUGACUAUGAGGAUUUCGAUGAUGGUUAAGUAAAAAUAAGUACAUCAUAAAAUUAACCACUAAAUUAACAAGUAGAUUAAAAAAAUCAAGAUGAUGAAGAUGAAGGCUUUGAUGAUUUUGAGGAUGCAGAAGAUAAAAACACAAAAACAAUUGAAGUAUAGUAAGAACCUCAAAUUAUAUAAUAGUCAGCUUCAAUCUAAGUAGGUUAACUGAACAAAAAAGAUCCAAAUAAGAUCAACACCUUACUAGAUAUUUAUUAAAGUCAGGAUUUACUUAAAGAGCAUCUAUAAUUUGGAAUUAUGAAACUUGUUAAGUCUCAAUAAACUUAAAGCUACCUAAAAUAAACAAGCUUGACUAUGAUAAAGGAAGAUUUACCUUUAGUUCCUAGUGUUUAAAUUGAAUCAAGUGCAUUCGGGAAUGUACUAAAUUAAAAAUCAUAACCAGUUAAACAAAACUAGAAUCAAAUUAACAUUGAGGCUUUCGAAACAUAUACUGAUAACCAAAAUAAAUAGCACUCUUUAAUAUCUUUUAAAGACUUUAUCAUAAAUGUCCAAUAUGAUUGCACUACUAAUGAUACUACAAGUAAAUUUGCCUUAUCAAAAAAGAAUAAACAACAAAAUGAUGCUCUGUUUUCAUUGAAAUUUUCAAUGGAUGAGGAUUAGGGUUAAAUCCAUUAGUUUGAAAGAAAAAUCAAGGAGUAGAGCUAGGCUUCAAAUAUGAAGUGGGAUAAGAAUAUCUUCAGAGAAAAUAUAGUUUAAAAAUACAAGAUAAAGCUACCUUCAUCACUGAAGGCGGGCGAGUCUAGUGCAAAUAGCAACAAGGAGUUAGCUGAUGCCAAUAUUGAAAAGAUUCAGUAAAUGUAAAAGGCUGAAUCAAUAAUACAGACUGAUAUUAUGUCUCCUAUAACAAGGACUAAUGACCAUAAGAAUAAUAGAUAGUUAGCAAUCUAGACAAACAAGCUUGAGGCAAAGAGCACUAAUAAUCCUGAUUCAGCAAAGCCAAGCAGAUCAACUAGGAAUAAGAUAAACUUCAUUGAUGAAAAUAUGGAUGGAGCUUUUGACGAUAAUGAUGAAGACUAGCCAGAAUAAACAGGAUAAAGAGUCACAACUACUUAUUAUUCAGAAGAUGAAGCAGAAGAGUCAAAAGAUGAUGGAGUUGAUGACUUCUUAGGAGCACCAUAAGUUUAGAUAAUAGGCCAGGAUAACAAGGAUUUCGUAAAAGAUACGUUUGCCAAAUUUGGUCUAAACAUGAAUUUAUACAAUCCUGGUGAAUCUAUGAUUCAAAAUGCAGGACCUGAGGAUAUCAAUUUAGGUUCAAUGGCCACAAAAAGGCAUCACAAUGAGAAAGUUCAAAGGAUACUUGAUAUUCUUCCUGAUUAUGGGUUUAUGCUGGACACAAAACUCGCAUUACCAUAGACUUUUUUUAUGGAAUGA